AUGGGUGUCCGCGAUGCAGAUGAGUGCGAAACAUUCGAAAUAAGUUCCACCCGUUAUGAACUUGAAGCAUCACCAACACUAGAUUUUAUCUCGGCUAUUGACGCCACCACAAAUCGUCAACAGUCAAGAGAAAGAACCUCUCCACCAACUACUCCUACCUCGUUAGAGAAAACAUCUCUCCUUAGUAAUAAUAUCAACAUUAACCAUUCAUUGCCACCUUCAAAGCGAAAAUCGUAUCAAAACCAAAAAUCACCAUCACAUAAUUCUUUGAUACGGAAUGCUUCCGCCUCACUAUCUUGCUCUAUAUCAAUAUAUAUCAUAUUUAUUAUUACAGUAAUUUUAUUGGGAGCCACAUUAAAUUCAUUUUUAAAUUAUCAAAAAGACUCGAAGGGUUGUCUUGUAUCUUAUAUGCGUCCUUCAUUUAUAAAGCAAAAUGGCUUUGAUAGCGAACAAACUAGAUUUGCUGGAAAAUAUAGUCUAUAUUUAUAUAGAGAAUCGGGUUUGGAUCUUAGUGAAGAGCCAACCGGAAUUCCUACAUUAUUUAUACCGGGAAACGCAGGAAGCUAUAAACAGGUGCGAUCAAUUGCGGCUGAAACUGCCGUAUUAUAUCAUGAAUCAAUGUCUAAAGAACCAAAACAUUGGGAACAAGGUGUUCGAGGAAUGGAUUUUUUUUCAGUUGAUUUUAAUGAAGAAUUUUCAGCAUUCCAUGGACAUUCAUUGUUAGAGCAAGCUGAAUAUCUCAACGACGCGAUUAGAUAUAUUUUAUCUUUAUAUCCAGUUGUACGAAAACAUCAGUAUAGUCAUCCAUCUCAGCCACAUCCUGACCCUGCGUCAGUGAUUAUAAUUGGACAUUCUAUGGGCGGUGUUGUUGCACGUACCCUCUUCACUAUGCCAAAUUAUCAACCAGGUUCAAUAAAUACCAUCUUGACGAUGGCAACACCACAUCUUUUACCGCCAGCUCCUUUUGACUGGCAAAUUAGCAAAAUUUAUACGGAUAUUAAUGAAUUUUGGCGAAAUGGAUAUUCGAGCAAUGCACCUCCAUCAAAUUCUUUAUUAGAAGUCACCUUAAUUUCAAUUGCUGGUGGUACUCUUGACACGAUAGUUUGUUCUGAUUCGGCCAAUAUAAAUUCAUUGGUGCCUGCUUCGCAUGGAUUUACUGUUUUCACCACCUCCAUUCCUACUGUGUGGACUUCGAUGGAUCAUCAAUGUAUACUUUGGUGUAAUCAAUUUGUAAAAGUUGUAGCUCGUACUUUAUUGAACAUUGUUGAUAUUAGGCGCGCUAGUCAAACUAAAGCUGUUUCAGAAAGAAUGUCAGUAUUUAGAAAGCUUCUGUUAACCGGUUUCGAAGUCGAAUUUCCCGAAAUUGAAGCUUCAAAGAAAAAACGAGAACCAUUUGGGAUAAUAAGUUUAGCAAAAGAUUCGAAUACAUUUUUGGACAUGGGGCAAAGAUUAGUAUUGAAAAAAUUGGGGUCAACACCAAAAGUUCAUUUGAUGCCUAUACCCCCGGCAGCUCCACACUCUACCCUGAAUACAUUUUCUUUAUUGACAGAUCAAUCACUCGGAAAAGAUUCCUUAGUUGAUGUACUUUUAUGUGACAUUAUGCCUACCGAAGUGCCCGAAUCAAUUAAAAAUAAUUCUUCCGCUAAUAAUAUAGCUUUACCUACAGAUCCCCGAUUAUCAUGCCACAUUGCAUCUGGCGAUUCUAUUGUUGUUCCAGCUUCGGGGAAAGACGAUAGAGAACCAUUUUCCGGAAGAACAUUUAGUUUUUUAAAAUUGAGGGUCAAAGAUUUAGGAGAUUAUCAAUAUAUAGCCAUAAUUGAUCAGGAUGGAAAAGGAAUUGAUGGUUUUCUGUUGGCUGAAUUUUAUGACGAACACUCAACGAUUACUUCUCUUGAUACUUCUAUUAAAGAAUUAUUUAUGGAGGGAAUACACGUUGACGCUAUCUCCGAGAACCAUUCACUUGUCUCAGCUUUACGGAUACCGAUUAUUGACAGUAGUCUUUUGACAUAUAAAAUGUCUAUUAAUCGACAUGGAUGCUCUGAUGGCCUUUUUGCUCAAUUCGUUCGUCAAUCGAUUUCGUCUAUGUAUGAAUCGAAGUUUCUCGUGAAUGUUAAGCAUGCAGACGUCAACAUUCAUGGUCAAGCUCCUUUUGUUACACCUGUAAGUGCACCACACCUGCGUAGAGGUCUUGAAUUGCAAUUCUGGAUGGAUCCUACUUGUCACUCAGCACUAUCUCUAGAUAUUGAAUUUGAUUUGUAUGGAAGCUUGGGUAAAAUUGUAAUGCGAUUCCAAACAGUUUUGGUCGCAUUUCCCUUUAUGGUCGUUAUAUUAACACUCAGAGCGCAAUUAAGAGAAUAUAAUCGUGGAGAACCUUUCUUCAGUUUUGGCCAUGCAUUGAGUCUAUUUAUUAGUCAAACAAUGCCUGUUUUUCUUCUAAUGAUAUCUUGUUUAUCCAUUUAUCAGUCUGUCACUCGAGCAUCGAAAACUUAUUCACUAGCAGACCUAUUUCCUGUAGACACUACUCCAGGAGAUAUGCAUAAAGUUAUUAAAGCCAAAGCUUCAUUCAACGUGAAUGAUACAUUAUUGGGAAAUCAUGAUCCAUUUUUCUGGUUUUUGCCGCCUUUAUUCUUUCUUAUGAGUGUUGGCAUUACCGCAUUUUGUUAUGCACUUUUAUCAAUUAUUGUGAGAUUGUUGGCUCGUAUAGCGUUAUUCAUUAGUCAAAGAAGGCCUUCAGUUGCCAGAUUCGUCGGCAGAUCUCAAGAAUCCAAAACAUCUAGAACACGCCGUCGCAUUAUCACAACGAUAAUAUUGUUUAUUUUGGUGGCAUCUUUUGUGCCAUAUCAAUUCGCUUUUGUAGUUGCAUUUUUGGUGCACAUUGUUUCUUGUGUACGAUCUCUCGUUGAAGUACGAUUAAUGAGUAAACAGAGCAAAUCAGCAGGCAUACAAAAACGAUGGGAUCAUUAUCAUUAUCGACAAUCAAUUUUAAUGCUGUUAUUCAUGUUAUUACCCUUCAAUUUUCCCGUUUUGAUGGUAUGGAUAAGAAAUUUAUCGGUACAUUGGUUUGUACCCUUUUCUUCCGACCACAAUUUAUUCGCAAUCGCACCCAUCAUAUUCUAUGUUGAAAUUAUCACUAGUGGUAAAAUGUUACCCAGAACAACUAGGUAA